AUGGAAGUCACAUACGGAGCAGCUCUCCAUCUGAUGAUGGCCAAAACGCUCUUCGCACACGCAAUUGAGGGCGAAGAGUAUGGCGAAAAGGCACAUUCCAUACUGGAUGAGAUGAUCUCAAAGGGGAACAGACUCGCAUCUUCUCGAAAGAUAGAGCUCACGCAUCUGGAAGGGUUAUUUAAUGAGCUGGCGGUCCGAAUAAAGCAAUAUGGCUUGCAGGAACUACUCCUUACAACUCCAGAUCACAUCGACCAGGAAGCAAAUAUGCAACAGCAGCCUAACUUUCAUCAUUUAAGUCACAUGGAUGAAUCAGCAGCGCAUCUUCAUAGCCCUGAUACAUACGAUAUGCAUGGUUAUCAACAGGCUCCGCGGAUGCCUAAUGGGGUCGAGCUGUUGGAUGAUAUCGGAAUCUCUUCAUAUGAGUUCCUAUCCAUUAUUGAACAGAUUGGGGCAGACAAUAGCGUGUUGGACCCUACGGCGUCGCCAAUACAGGGCAUUGAGUAG